UUAGAUAGUUGAAGGUGAAGUGUUGGAGAAAUUGUCGCGGUUUUUUGCUUGCUGUUUUCGGCAAAAUAAAUUAAGAAAAAAUUUUUGUGAAGUGAAUUUAAUUUUAAAGUAGUUUAUAUACGUAUAUUGUGAUUAAGAAUGGAUAAUCGGAAAUUAAUUGAGCUACUUAGCUCAAUUAGUGCACAAUUAAUUGUUCCGGAAGAACGGAAACAAGCCGAAGAGCUACUAUCUCAGCUUCACAAAAUUAUUGGUUUUGUGCCCACUCUAUUGCAAAUUGUUAUGCAAAAUGAUUUGGACUUACCAGUUAGACAGGCUGGUGCUAUAUAUCUAAAAAAUUUAAUAACUAAAAGUUGGCAAGAUCGUGAUGUAAAACCGGGGGAACCAUUAAUAUAUUCUAUUCAUGAACAAGAUAGGGCAAUGAUUCGUUCAAGCAUAGUUGAUGCAAUUGUAAUGGCACCCGAUAUUGUUAAAGUUCAGUUGGCUGUUUGCGUCAAUCAUAUAAUUAAAUCUGAUUUCCCAGGAAGAUGGACGCAAGUAGUGGAUAAAAUUAGUAUAUAUUUGCAAAAUCCAGAUGUUAACGGUUGGAAUGGAGCUUUGUUGACGUUAUAUCAAUUAGUAAAAUGUUAUGAAUAUAAGCCACUUGAAGAUCGUGCCCCAUUAAACGAAGCAAUGAAUUUAUUAUUACCGAUGAUUUACAAUUUAAUGGUUAAUCUAUUAAAUGAUCCAAGUGAUCAAAGUGUACUUUUACAAAAACAAAUUCUAAAAAUUUAUUAUGCCUUAACAAAUUUCGCCCUUGCUUUGGAUUUAAUCACAAAUGAAAUGUUUUCACAAUGGAUGGAAGUUUGCCGACAAAUUGUAGAUAGACCUGUACCAGACUGUUCUCACGUAGAUGAGGAUGAAAGGCCCGAAUUACCAUGUUGGAAGGCGAAGAAAUGGGCUUUGCAUAUAAUGGAUCGCAUGUUCGAAAGAUAUGGAAGCCCCAAAAAUAUCAUAAUAAAAUAUCAAAAAUUCGCAGAAUGGUAUUUGCCAACUUUUACGUCAGGGGUUUUAGAAGUAAUGUUGAAAGUUCUAGACCAGUAUCGAAAUAAAAUAUAUGUUUCACCAAGAGUUUUAACUGGUAUUUUGUCCUAUUUAAAAACAGCUGUGAGCCAUGCCUAUUCCUGGAAAUUAAUUAAACCGCAUAUGAUCGCAAUAAUACAAGAUGUUAUUUUUCCCAUUAUGUCAUUUACGGAAGCUGAUGCUGAAUUAUGGGAAACCGAUCCGCAUGAAUACAUUCGUUUGAAAUUCGAUAUUUUUGAAGAUUAUGCCACACCUGUGCCAUCUGCACAAAGUUUGUUACAUUCUUGUUGUAAAACCAGAAAAGGAAUACUGCCAAAAACAAUGCAAAUUAUUAUGCAGAUAAUCACCUCACCAAAUGCUGAUAAUCGGCAAAAGGACGGUGCUCUUUAUAUGAUUGGUACGUUAGCUGAUGUUUUAAUGAAGAAACGAGUUUAUCGAGAUCAACUAGAAGCAAUGUUGACGACAUACGUGUUUCCAGAGUUUAACAAUCCUGAAGGCCAUAUGAGAGCAAGAGCUUGCUGGGUACUACAUUAUUUCAGUGAUAUUACAUUUAAAAAUCAACAAGUGUUGGUUGAAAUUAUGAGACUAACUGUAAAUGCUUUAUUAAAUGACAAAGAGCUUCCAGUUCGUGUCGAAGCUGCUGUAGGGUUGCAAAUGUUUUUGUCAUCACAAGAUAGUGCAGCACCAAUGGUGGAACCUCAAAUUCAAGAAAUAUCAAAAGAAUUAUUAAGAAUCAUACGUGAAACUGAAAACGAAGAUUUAACAAAUGUAAUGCAAAAAAUUGUAUCAACAUUUGCUGAACAACUUUUACCGAUAGCAGUUGAAAUAUGCCAGCAACUGGCGUCAACAUUUAGACAAGUGUUAGAAUCUGAUGGUGGGUCUGACGAGAAAGCAAUUACUGCGAUGGGUUUAUUAAAUACGAUGGAAACUUUAUUGACAGUAAUGGAAGAGCAUCCUGAUAUUAUGACUAAUUUACAUCCAAUAGUAAUAAAUGUAGUUGGGCAUAUAUUCCAGCACAAUAUUACGGAAUUUUAUGAGGAGACAUUUUCUCUAGUUUAUGAUUUGACCUCAAAAUCGAUUUCCCCUGAAAUGUGGCAAAUGUUGGAGUUGAUAUACCAAGUUUUCAAAAAAAAUGGUGUCGAUUAUUUCAUAGAUAUAAUGCCAGCAUUACAUAACUAUGUUACGGUUGACACACCAGCGUUUUUAUCAAAUCCAAACCGUUUAUUAGCUAUGUUUGAUAUGUGCAAAACGAUGUUAGAACGCAACGUUGGAAAGGAUGCUGACGAGCUGGAAGGGGAAGAUCCAGAAUGCCACGCAGCUAAGUUGCUUGAAGUUAUAAUUCUUCAAUGUAGGGGACAAAUAGAUUCAGUUAUACCCAUGUUCGUUGAUCUUGCACUUUCAAGAUUAACAAGAACAGUUCAAUCUUCAGAGCUUAGAGCAAUGUGUUUACAAGUUGUUAUCGCAGCUUUAUAUUAUAAUCCUCAACAUUUAUUGUCAAUAUUAGAAAAAAUGUCCCAACCAAAUAACGGUCCUAUAGCGUCACAUUUUAUUAAGCAAUGGUUAUAUGAUACAGAUUGCUUUUUAGGGAUUCAUGAUAGAAAAUUAUGCGUAUUAGGUUUAUGUGCAUUAAUUUCAUUAGGUGAUGCUAAACCACCAGUUUUAAGUGAAGUAGCUGCAACAAUUAUGCCAUCUUUGAUUUUGUUAUUUGAUGGUUUAAAUCGUGCAUAUCAAGCUCGUGCCCAAGAAGAAGAAGAAGAGGAAAGUGAAGAUGAAGAUGAAGAUUGUGAAGAAGCUCUUUCCAGCGAUGAGGACGAAAUUGAUGAAUUUGCUCCUGAUUAUUUAGAACAAGUAGGUGAAUUAGCUAAAAAAGCUGGAAUGGAUAUAAAAGCGGAAAUAAAAGCAGAAGAUGAAGACGAAGAUGAUUCUGAUGCAGGUGAUGAAGAAUCAGACUAUGGACUGAAUGAAACUCAAUUGGAAACUUAUACGACACCUAUAGAUGAUGAAGAAGUAGAUAAUCCCAUUGAUGAAUAUAUAGCUUUUAGAGAUGUUUGUUUUAUGCUUUCCACUCAAGACCCUUCUUGGUAUCAACUACUAAUGAGUAGUUUAACGGAAGAGCAGGGUAAAACCAUUCAGGAGAUAAUGGUCACAGCAGAUCAGAAGAAAGCUCAGUAUGAAUCAAAACGUAUCGAAAAAGCAGGAGGUUAUGAUUUUAAACAGCAAACUAUACCAAGCUCCUUUAAAUUUGGAUCUUAAUAAGGAAUGAUUGAUUUUUACAAUUUUAUGAUUUAAAACAAAUUACAUUUUUAUGCAUUCACAUGUUAGUUAUUAUAUUAAAAAAAAAAGGAAAAAAAACGAUCGGAAAAAAGUGUACUCAAAUUUUGCUCUUAUAUUCAUUUAAUAAUUUUAAAUUUUGUUCUCGUUUGAAUGACUAUUU